GCUCCUCCUCCUUGCUCGGCUCCGGGAACUAAGCCCGACCUCCGGGACACUCCGACGCUCACGUAGUUCAGGGGACAGCAGUCACUCCCGCCACCUCUCAGGCUCUCCCAUGAGGCCAGCGAGCGGGGGCCCGGGGCUGCGGCGCCGCGGGAGAGACUUCUAGCCAGCUCGUCUAGCCCCGCGAUGGCUGUGGACAUAGAGUACAGAUACAGCAGCUUGGCCCCUUCUCUGCGCAGGGAGCGCUUUGCCUUCAAGAUCUCCCCAAAGCUGAACAAGCCACUGAGACCUUGUAUUCAGCUGGGCAGCAAGGAUGAAGCCAGCAGCGGAAUGGUGGCCCCGACCGUGCAGGAGAAGAAGGUGAAGAAGCGGGUGUCCUUCGCCGACAACCAGGGACUGGCCCUGACAAUGGUCAAAGUGUUCUCCGAAUUUGAUGACCCGUUAGAUAUUCCGUUUAACAUCACCGAGCUCCUAGACAACAUCGUGAGUCUGACGACAGCAGAGAGCGAAAGCUUUGUUUUGGAUUUCCCACAGCCUUCUGCCGAUUACUUAGACUUCAGAAAUCGACUUCAGACCAACCACGUCUGCCUCGAAAACUGUGUCCUCAAGGACAAAGCCAUCGCAGGCACCGUGAAGGUCCAGAACCUGGCAUUCGAGAAGGUUGUGAAGAUCAGAAUGACAUUUGACACCUGGAAGAGCUUCACAGACUUCCCUUGUCAGUAUGUGAAGGACACUUACGCUGGUUCAGACAGGGACACCUUCUCCUUCGACAUCAGCCUACCUGAGAAAAUCCAGUCUUAUGAAAGAAUGGAGUUUGCCGUGUGCUACGAGUGUAAUGGCCAGGCCUACUGGGACAGCAACAAAGGCAAAAACUACAGGAUCAUCCGGGCUGAACUCCGAUCCACUCCGGGAAUGACUGAGCCGUACAAUGGACCAGAUUUGGGAAUAUCCUUUGACCAGUUUGGAAGUCCUCGGUGUUCCUAUGGCCUGUUUCCAGAGUGGCCUAGUUACCUGGGAUACGAAAAGCUGGGACCCUACUACUGAUGACUGCAGUCGGCAGUCUGACUCUGGUCAAGAUGGAGCAGAGAAUGCAAGACAAGAGUGAAGUUGAACUGCCGUUUGGCAUGGUUUUUGAAAAGCUAAGAUCCUGCUCACCUUUUCCGUAAAACCAGCAAGCCCAGCGCGUCUCCGUCGCAGCUGGUUACUUGCUCGGAGGAGAGCAGGUGUGUUGGUCCUCUGUGGCAUCCGGGUUGGCUACAGAGGAAUGCACAGGAUAGUGCCAGGAUGGUCUGGAGUGGAGCCAAGCUGGCAAGAAUGAAGGAAGCUGGCCUCUCCUCCACCCUUGGAUGUGGAGUCAGUCUCCCAGAAACCACCCGUCUUCAGCCUUCUCCAGCCUUACCACGGACCUCUAUGUCCUGCUCCGCCCACGUUUUCCACGUGUUACCACACGUCCUUGGAGCCACCUUUAUCUCAGCUGCGUGACACACUGGCCUGCUACCCUGCAGCUUCAGAAGAGGGACGGAGGCAGCCCCUCUCCACACAAGCUCAUGCUCUACAUUUAGUCUCCCACACAGCCCAUCCAGUGAUCCAGACGAGAUGAAGCAAAUGAGUAGUUUGUGGCUGGCAUAGACUUUCCCCUCCCCCUCCUCCAUAUUCCAACAGAGAGCAACACACCAGAAAGUCAUUGAUCUCUGUGUGGAGUCAUGGGGCACAGCAUUGUGACAAGGUGGGACAGUACUAAGUUUUAGCUUUUCCCCUUGGCUUCUGGGGGGGGGUGCUUUCUAAGCACUCAGUUUCACCCCACCCCCACCCCGAGUUACCAGAAGACUCGAUGACUAGAUCUGUCUUCACUUGCCUGACUGGUGUGUGAGCUGCUUUGGUUAUAAGAGACUAACAGCUCUCCUCUCCUGGGGUGUCCACGUCAGUGCCCCAUCUGAGACUUCUAAACGGCAUGGCUGGCGUGUCCUUGAAGCCUCCAGAAAAUGCUUAGCCUUCUCUGCAGUCUACGGUCAUAUUCUGGAUGUUUUACAAGCACCCGAAGACAUUGAUUGGGAACUUUUAUUUAUGGUGUGUAUUGUAAGGGGGGACCUCACUGAGUUUUUCUAUGUUAUUUUAAAUGUUUGUCAACUCUGAGGACUCGGAGAUGAAUUCUUUUCUUAACCACAUUGGACUGCAGUGCAUUAUCGAGUGGUAAUUUAGACUCCUGGAACUGUUACUGUUGGAUGGACCCCCACAACCUGUGAUUUUCUCUUGGGCAAAUUAAAAUUAUAGGGAAGUUUGAAAACUAUUUUUACAUGCAUAUUUGUAGAACUCUAGGGGUGUUGUUUUGGUUUUUUGAGAUUGGUAAAAUGUCUAGUUUUCUUACUGAAGCGAGGUUUCCCCGAGGCAACAGGGAAAGAGGUGCACAGUUUCGUGGAUUCUGGGGGCCGGGGGAGCGCUGGACAUGACCCUGUGCUUCUCUGGCUUCAAAAGUUAGCAGCAGGUAGGUAUCACAUGCUUUUGAUUUUAGCAUGUGCGGUUUCUUUUUUAUCUUAUUUUUUUUCACUUUUGAAGUUUAUAAAAUGUUUUGACUUUUUAAGUGCUAUUUUGUCGAAUUUUUCUUAUUCCUAAAGCCGAUACUGGUCUGUAAUCUGUGCUUUAUAUUUUGUGCCCCCCCCCCCACCAGAUGGGUAGCACUCUGGGGUUGCACGCUGCUGUCUAUGGGGAAAUCACAUUUGUAAGUCAGGCUGAAGUUGGGCGGGGUUGUGUGUUAUCUAAGCAUACCAUAUAUCUGCUAGAUGGGCGUACUCUAAAUGUUCCAGUUAUGGUGAUCGGAGCUGCUAGAUUUAAUUGGACGCAAGCAAAACUGAUCUCUUAUGGAUCAUACAGUUUGUCCGGUGCUGAGAAGUAUUCUUUCCCGGAUGGGAUAAUGUAUCCAGAUGCACUGUUACUCAGAGUAGCAGACCAAAGAUGGUUUUCAAAAGAAAAGGGUCCCGAGUAAAUUCAAAACGAAGUCUGAUCAGUGGUGUGGAAUGAUGAACUUCUGACAUUCCGUGUCAAAAUAUGAAAUAUGGUGAUUCCAUGUUAUGUAUCCCUCCUGAGGCAGCCACAAACCCCCGCCUCUUUUACCCAGAUUUGCCCCAGCUUUCUCAUUGGGGGUACACUGGGAUACACACCCCAACACUCAGCCCAGAGGACCUGCUUGCCAAGACCCUUCCCACUGACCAGCCUGUGUGCUUGGCUUCCCUCAUGGAGGCUGUCCCUCACUGAGAUGCUAAAGAGUCUUUCUUCUGUCUUCUGCCUCCCAUGACUCUGAGAUAGCCUCAGGAGCUGCUUUGAGAGACUCUACACUUCGUUCAUAGUUCACCAUUGUAGACAAACAUACACACCUCAGAGGGUAACAGGCUUCUUGCUUGGAGAUCCCACUGCAAGCUUGACCCGGAGAUCUGCCGUCAUGCUAUGUUUGGUUAUGGUGAUGAAUGGACACUAAUCCCAGCAUCCUUUCCAGACACUAUAAUCCAGGAAGGGAAGGCAACUCCCUUUUUAUUUCAUAUUUAUUUCUCCAAACUCCCUGGGGUGCUUUUGCAAAAUGGCUACAAUAAAUAAAUACGCUGGGCUAUAGAUAGUUGUAUGAUAAAAGUUUCCCAUGUUUCUCACAAGAAGCAUUUGAGUAUUGUAAAAAUUUUUUAUAGGAAAGCUAAUAAAUAAUGGAAGACUGUAGUUCUCCAGAAACUAUGGCAACUUGAGUCAAUGAUUGGAGUUAUUUUAUCCCUGAAAUGAAUGUUGAAUGGCUCUUCAUUCUGGGAAAGUCUUUGCUUACCUGCAUCUCCUGGCAUGAUCUCAGAAACUGGAGAUAAGAUGUUCCGGAAAUCCUGGGAUCUUACCUAUAAUGAAAUCUUCCAGAGGCAAUCUGGCAGCAUUCCUGAAGUGGAGGACAGGAAAUAAAGGAGUAGUUUCUCCUGCUGAAGGCUGUGAGGUCUGCCCAGCUCAACCUGCAAAGCAGUGAGUUUCCAUGGUUUUGCUGCUCAUUCCCAGAGACCCCUGGGGCAUGAGGACUUCUAGUCUAUACAUGUGAUAAUGUUACACUUUUGCUUUAAUGUGAAUAUUCAACUGACGACUUGUCAUCAUUUUAUGCCUAAAAGUGCCUUGUCCAAAAACUUCUGCAUGUUUUUAAGAAAUAUUUUUGUACACAGUGGUAGAGGGGAAAUGCACUUUAAAAAAAUCACAAGAAUGGCUGUUUUUGUGUGUGUGGUGGAAGAGAAUGGUUUGUUUGUAUCUGUCUCAAGCAAAUAUGUAAUAAAUACUGAAAGAAAAA